AUGGCACUUAAACAAGCUUUAAAGAAGUGGAAUAUUGAAGUGUUUGGGAAUAUGGAUUUUAAAUUGAAGCAAGCUGAAGAGAGUCUACAUGCCCUAGAUCUAAUUGCUGAGAAUAGAGAUUUGGAUGAGGUUGAAGGUAGAAGGAGAAGAGAGGUGAGGGGAGAUAUGUGGAAGUUCAGAAAGAUGAUUGAAAAAAUUUGGCUACAAAAAUCAAGGCUGAAUUGCAAGGUAAAGGGAGAUAAAAAUAUUAAAUUUUUUCACAUCAUAGCUAAAAAGAGACAGAACACCAAUGCGAUUGACUCUAUGAUAGUGAAUGGGACAUCAGUGAAGGAACCUGUGGAGAUGAAACAAGCUAUGUAUGAUCACUUCAGGACCAGUUUUAAUGAACUAUGGAGGUGUAGGCCUAAGUUACUAGGCCCAUUUAAAGUGAUUGAACAUAGCCAAUUUUACAACCGUAUCAAAGUGGAUUUUUCUGAAACUAAAAUUUGGGCUGCAAUUACAAAAUGUAAUGGCAGCAAGGCACUUGGGCCUGACGACUUUAACAUGACUUGCUACCAAAAAGAGUGGAGCUCUAUGAAAGGAGAUAUACUUAAUUUUUUGAAGGAAUUUUAUGUUAACAACAAAUUGGUUCUUGCUAAUAAGUUGAAAAGAUUACUUCCUGCUGUUAUCGGCAAUGCUCAAUAUGCAUUUCUUGGGGGUAGGAAUAUUUUGGAUGGUGUAUUGAUAGCCAAUGAGGUAGUGGACUGGUGGAAGAAAUCUAGAAGAAAGGGCCUGAUAUUGAAGUUAGAUUUCCAAAAAGCAUAUGACACAGUUAAUUGGAACUUUCUACUCCAAAUGCUAUCAAAUUUUGUGUUUGGACUUAGGCAAGGUGAUCCAUUAUCACAUUUCCUAUUUAAUGUGGUAGCUGAGGGUUUGAACUUAUUACUUGCAAGAGCAAAGGAGUUGGGUUUGGUCAAAGGAGUAAUCAUUGGGUCCAGUAACAUCAACAUUUCUCAUCUUCAGUUUGCGGAUGACACAAUUAUCUUCUGUGAAGCUGAGUGGACUGAAGUAUUGAAUUUUACCUACCAGAAGCUCCAAUUGAAGUAUCUUGGAAUGAAAUUAGGAGCCAACCCAUCAAGGAGAGCAACAGGGAAGCCUGUGGUGGAGAAAUUUAAGAAGAAACUAAUAGGUUGGAAGAGGAGGUUGCCUAGAAGUGUGGCAAAAGAGAUUGACAAGAUCCAAGUAGCAUUCCUGUGGGGAGAUUCUGCUGUGAAGAGGAAAGUCCACUUAGUGAAAUGGAAGGAUUUAACCAAGGAUAAAAAGCAUGGUGGGCUAGGAAUAAGAAACUUAUGA